UCACUUUUCUUUUUGUUUGUUGCUUCUUAGCUUUUUUUUUUUUUUUUCAAAUUUUUUUUCCUUUUUUUUUUUUUUUUUUGGCUUUUUUCCAUACAUUUGUGUCUGCUGCAAAACGAACCAUUCAGUCCACUGCUUCACCCUCAACUCGCUCAUCAGUCAUGGCAGCCGAGUCAUCGUCAUCGUCAUCGUCAUCGUCUUCGUCCGCGCUGGGUGGGCCGCAGCAGUUAAACCGGCCGCUGUCCGCACUCUCGCCCGCAAACAACGGACUGGGCGACAUUCUGGUCCCGCCGUCGCCGACAGCAACAGCAACAGCAACAGCAACGCCCGGCAUUGACGACGAGCAACUCACAGAGCUGUACAUGACGUCGUUCGGCAUCACGCGCGACGAGGCCAGCCGCAUCCUGCUCCUGCGGCGGAAGCUCGUCCAGAAGGGCUUCCUGUCAUCCACUGCUGCUGCUACUCCAGCUGCUUCCGACCACCAAGCAACCCAACCUCAAGCGGCCACCACAAGCAGCAGCCACAACUCAAACGUCCUCAAUGACGAAACAGUCCUCCUCGCAAAGUUCCUGUUUGCCCGCGAGUUUAACGUCGAAAAGGCGCUCGCGCUGUACACGGUCUACAUGAACCACUUUGGCAUCACCCAGCGGUUUGCCGUCGAUGUCAUGGACUCGCUGAGGGACGGCACGCUGUACCUCCCUGGAUCGCGCGACAAGGACAAUGCUGCCGUGCUCGUCGUCGCUGCCAAACUGCAGGAAAUGAGCUUCCCGUCGUCGCCGGCGUUCUCGGCCAGCUCGUCGUCCAACUUGUCGGCCAUUCUGGACUUGGCAUCGUAUCUGCUGGACAUUGCCACGACAGACACACUCACCCAGCGCAACGGCAUUGUGGUGGUGGUCGAUCUCUCGCGCGCCAGCUGGAAGCAGUUUGAUGCCUCGCUGCAGUCGCAGUUGUUUGGCUUGAUGGACGAAAAGUACCCCGUGCGCCUGCGCCGCAUCUACCUCGUCAACGCUCCGUGGUGGCUGUCCAUGGCCAUGAAGACGUACAAGGCUGUCAUGUCUGCGCCCUUGGCCGCCAAGCUCGAGGUGGUCGACAACAACGCCUCGCUCGCCAAAAUCAUCCCGCCCACCAGUCUGCCGAGCGACUUUGGCGGAAGCCUGCCUUACAACCACGAGGCAUUCGUCGACCAGCGCGUGCAAGCCGAGACAGAUCUUCUUGCGGCGGCACGACGCGAAGGAUACGUCUACCAGCUCGUGCCCACGUCCGACGAAAGCGAGGAAAUGUUCAAGCGCCAGCUGUCCGAGCGUCGCCACUUCCACGAGCAAAUUGCUCGCUUCUCGACGGUGUUUGACGAUGAUGUCGAUGAUCCGUUCGAGCAAAUGCAAGCCCACGCAGGGGACGACAGCACAAGCGGUAGCAGCACGCCUGGAUCGCCGCCGCAGAUGCGCACCAUUGCACAGCUGCCGGCUUCCAUGUCGACAUCCCUUCAUUCAGUGUAUUCGCUGACUCCGUCCAUGUCCAGCGAGUCCCAGACCUCGGCAGCUGCUGCUGUCAAGUGGGUGCGUCGCUACUUUGUCACGCGCGUCAAAGAAAUGAUCAUUACCGUCUAUCGCACGGCCGAUGAUGCCGCUGCGCUCGAAACGAUUGAUUUGCACAAGUGCUCUGACAUUGUGGUGGACGAGCGAACGGUCAAACUCUUGCAAGAGCAAUCGGCAAACAACACCGUGUCCUCGACCUCAUCGCCCGCCGCUGGUGGUGGUGGUGGUGGUGCGUCCGCCAACCGCCUGAGCACGCUGAGCACCAAAAAGAGCGACCAGACGGUGACGGCGCUUGGUCGUGGUGCGUUUGUGAGCGCCCUGGAUUCGCCCGAAGCGCAAAACUCGCACGCCUAUUUCGGUUUCCACAUCCUUGGCAUUGACGGUACCAAAUGGUCCAUCCGUCUCGAAGGUGCUCGAGAGUUUGAAGGCUGGAUGGCGUCUCUCCGCGGCAAGAUGAAUAUUGUUCGCGAAGAACGCCGCCGCCGUGAAGAGGAAUUGGCGCGCCGUCAGAAGGAGGAGCGAGAGCUGAAGGAACGGCUCGAGAAGGCUCGUGAGGAGGAGCGCGCCCGACUUGCCCAGGAAGAGCAGGAGCUCCGCGAGCGCCAAGAACGCGAGGCUCGCGAGGAAGAAGAGCGAGCCCGCGAGGCUGUGCGAUUGGCCCGCGAGGAGCGCAUCCGCACCCUCCACCCCAAACGCACCAACAUUGUGCAGGAACUUCUGGCGACCGAGCAAUCCUACGUGAACAACCUUGUCAUGGUGGUGGAUUUCUUCAUCAAGCCGUUGCGAGCAACGAUCGAGACUGGCAAGCCGCUGGUGACCAACGCCGAUCUCAAGAAAAUGUUCCCCGAUUUGGAAUCGAUUGUUAACAUCAACAAGCAGCUCCUGGCAGAGCUGGCCGAGCGUGUUGAGAACUGGUCGGCCGUUCAAAAGAUUGGCGACAUCUUUUUGAAGAUGGCCGUUUACCUCAAGGUUUACACUGGCUUUGUCAGCAAUUUCCCGAUGGCCACCGAGUUGAUAUCGCGACUGACUGAAACUUCGGCUCCGUUCAAGGCCUUUUUGAAGGAAACUGAAUCAAGGCCUGAAUGCAAACGCCUCGGUUUGCUCCAACACAUGCUUACUCCGAUUCAACGCAUUCCUCGCUACGUCUUGUUGCUUGAAGACCUUGCCAAGCGCACCGAUCCAGAGCAUGUUGACUACGCCGACAUCACCGCUGCUGUCAAGCAAGUCAAAGAACUCGCCAACUUUAUCAACGAGACCAAGCGUCAAGCAGAGUCCCGCGCAAUGAUGGUUGCCAUCCAAAAAGACGUCAAACGCCUUCCCGAAGGAUUUGAGUUGCUGCAACCUCAACGACGCCUGAUUUCCGACACCCAUUUCAUCGAGCUGGAAAUCCUCUCUGGGUCUCGCCAGUACACGCCCGGUCACACAAUCAUUGUUUAUCUCUUCUCGGAUUUGGCUCUGUUCGUUCAGCGCAAAAAGAAGAAGCAAGGAGUGUCGGAUGGCUUCCGCGCCAAGUCUGCGCUGAGCGACAUUCACGUCGUUCCGCUGCCCGAUGUUGGUGAAAACACCAACCUGAUGCAGAUCUCAGCCGGCGACCUUGUUGUCAUUGCUCAGGCUACUAGCAAGCGAAUUCGAGAUGACUGGAUUGCGCAGCUGAAAGACACACAACGAUGCGAGUCUGCUCCUGCUGCCCCAAGCACUGCACAGUAACCAUUUGUGUUAUCCUCGUUUGCUCUUUCCCCCCCCCCCUUCCUUUUUUUCUGUAUGUAGUACUUUGAAAAGUAGCCGUGUUUGUAUUUUUGUAUUUCCCUCCUUUUUUAUUUGUUCCUUGUUCAAUACUAGUACCUUCAGUCAAGCCA